AUGCCGAACGUCGUCAGUUAUACGCCUCCCUGGCUAUCUCGUCCUUCCCCAGGUGCCAGUCUCUUUUCCAGUACAUCUGCGAAGAGCACUGAUUAUACUUCCUUGAGUACUCAGGGCAAAGUCGACUAUAACGGCCCUACGAGGACACUUGCGAAGAGAGGAAAUGAAGUGUUUACGGUGGUGGACAACCAGAUCCGCUGGUCGAGCCUCACCAAGUUGAAGGAUGAAUGGCAACAGCAGCAUUCGAAGGCGAAGAAGGGAUUUGCUGGAGGAUCUCAGGAUGGCACUUCCAGUGUGUAUUACAGGGUCUUGACUGUGCCCGUCUAUGCGCAAAUUCGACAGUUGGUUCCCUCUCCAAACGGUGCCUUCCUAGCGAUUGUGACCGAUCAUACCGUUCAUAUCUCCGUCCUCCCCGAUUCGUCGCAUUUGUCCGGCACCGAUGACUCCCCUAUUCGCGUGAAAACUUACCAGCUCGGUCCUACGACACACGUUAUCCCAGAAUCACCGGUGGUCUCUGCACUAUGGCAUCCGCUGGGAUUGCAUAGCAAUCUUGGAAGCUGCAUCGUGACUAUCACCGCGGAUGCGGCGGUUCGGGUCUGGGAACUGGAUCGGAACAAUCACUGGUCGUUCGACCGCCCUACGUUGGCCAUCGAUUUGCGAAAACUGGUGGAUGGGACAUCGUCUGACCAAGAUUUCACACCCUCUGGGUUUGGGAAGAGUAAAGGAUUCUCUGCGGAUGAUGUUGAUAUGGAGGUCGCAUCCGCUUGCUUUGGUGGUAUUGGAAGCGAAAGGGAAGAUGCCUGGGCACCGAUGACUUUGUGGGUUGCAAUGAAACCCGGCGAUCUAUAUGCUCUUUGUCCUUUGCUUCCUUCGAGAUGGCGGGCACCGUCGACCACAAUUCCGUCGCUUUCAUCUUCAAUCGUUCCGAAAUUGGCUGCCUUGGAGGAUGACCCGGUGGAAUUCGAGGAUCAGUUGACGGCCUGCCGGCAGCAGUACGACUGGUUGAGAGAAAUUGAUAACCAAGAGCCAUUGCCCAUCAUGUCAGACCCGGAAAAUAUCGCUGAAUCUGAGAUUUUCGCACGCCCUGCCAAUCCCAGCCCCAUUCCGAGGUUGCAAGGACCGUUCCGUAUCGACACUGGUGAUGAGCUAGAUGAUUUGGACCUUUGUGACCUUCUCGUCAUUGCCUCCAAAGUUGAUACGGAGGAUCUCAUGAAGGGAGAGGAUGAGGAGCUGGCAGUGGAGGACAGUUCUGAAGACAAACUAUUGGCCACUGUCAUCUGUCUAUCGACUGCAAGUGGCAGAGUUCACAUCUGUCUGGAACUGGACGGUGUGAAAGGACAGUGGCUUCCAAAGGCCAAGAAGAACGCCUUCAGUACUCCUCUUUCCGAGCCCUCUGACCUACUUCUAGUAGAAUCUCUGGACACUGUCCGGGAGGGAUCUCAGUUGCCGAAUUGGCCUACUUUUACCAAAGAUGCCCAGUCCAGAUACAGUUUCUUUGUGACAACCCCAAGCGAUGUCCAGUUUAUUUCUCUCACAUCCUGGGCCCAACGGCUCGAAGCAGAGCUACAGUCUGAGGACACUGCUGGCUCCGGUUUCCGCCUUCAAAUCCUUUGUGAAGGAUCCAUUUCAACUAGGAAUCGCAUCCUUCAGAUUGAUGGGGAUGAGGCUGUUGUCAAGGGCCAGCCGGAACAUCUUGCGUCUGCCCUGAUCUACUACGACUACGACCUUGGAUAUCUCUUGCUCACAAACCAUGCGUCUCACCCGUAUGCUGCUGUGCUGGAUUCUCCUGAGAUCACCUUCCCGUCAGUGGCAGAUCUCCGCCCCUUCGACGCGGGCGUCCAAGCUCCUAGCUCCCCCAUCUUGCCUCCUCGACGACCCCCAUACCAGGUCCCUGCCGUCCUGUACUCCGAUGCGCCUCUGGACUUGUUCAUUGAUAAGCACGUCCCGCAUCGUCAGCGGCACUCUCUUAAGGAACAAGUGCGCCUAUCACCGGCCACGCUCGAUCUGGUUGCUGCCGCUCACCGGAUUUUGUCCGCUCACACGAAUGCCCUCGAACGAGCGGCCUCUGAUCUGUUCCGUCGCUGUGAGCGGUUGCAAGGGGAGAUGCAAGAUCAACUGAAGCAACUCUGUGAUGUAUCUGAACGAAUCAAGGGCGUGUCUAGUGAGAUUGGUGAAGACGGUCAACGCAAAGAAGGCACCAAGAGUGGCGAAGCUCUUGACAAGAGGCUUCAGGCUGCCAAGGAUAGACAAGACCAGCUCGUUGAAAGAUACGAGGCUUUGCGGAGCAAAGUCUUGAGAUCUGGCGGUCGGCCGCUGAGUGAGAAGGAGAGGUCCUGGGUGUCCGAGGUUCAAGCCUUGUCGGGCUUGGUUGAGGAAUCCAAGCCGGAAGAUGAAGGCAAGGAACGCAACCUGAAUGAACGACUUGAAGACGUGAUGGAUCUUGCAACCGACCUGGUUGCUGAGAGCAAGCGAAUCGCAGCCAAGGCACCCUCCCCGCCUGAGCCUGGAAGUCCAGCGUCCCCGUCCGCCGCUCAGCCAAGAGUACCGCAGAGAUUACAGCGUGCGAAGAUCGCUGAUGCAAUGAAGAUGGUUGAACGAGAAUCUGCGGUUAUCGAGUCGAUUACUGCGCGUUUGGAACGAUUGAAUACGAGUGUCUAG